CACCUAGUCCGCCUACCUAGUCUACCUAUUUCAAAACAGCGCAGCCAGACAUCUGUCAGCCAUCAGUCACAGUAGAGAGACAGUACAUGCUUCUUUCACCAUUCUAUUUUGACAACAUGUGCAAGCUCACUCUAACUGCAGGUCUCUGUUUGAUCAUCGCCAGCUUGGCCUCUUCCAACAGGCUAGUGUGUUACUAUAACAGUGAUGCUGAAGAUAGAGCGGAGGACGGGAAGUUCACAGUUUCAGAUAUCAAUCCGAACAAGUGCACCCAUCUGAUCUAUGCCUUUGCUGACAUUAAUAACAAAAAUGAGCUGAUCCCCAGUAGUCUAACUGACUUACAAAGCUAUGAGUCGUUUAAAGAACUCAAAAUCAGAAAUCCAAUGCUCAAAACCCUGCUGGCGGUUGGUGGCUUGAAAUUUAACAACCAAAAAUUCAGUACAAUGGUGUCAACACAACAAAACAGAAAAACGUUCAUCGACUCUGCUAUCACACUACUGAGAAUGAAUGGGUUUGAUGGGCUGAACAUUGACUGGAGGUACCCCGGAGGAGCUGGAAGCCAAUCACAGGACAAGCAGAGAUUCACACUGCUGUGCCAGGAGCUCAAAGACGCCUUUGAGGAUGAUGGAAAAGUAGAUGGCAAUGACAGAUUAAUCGUCACUGCUAGUGUCUCUGCUGAGAAAGCAACCAUCGAUGCCAGUUAUGAAGUCGGACAGAUUGCCAAGCACCUGGAUUUCAUUAAUGUGCUGACAUUUGACUUUCACGGCCCCUGGGAAAAUGUCACAGGACAUCACAGCCCCUUAUUCAACGGAUCCCAAGACACUGGAGACAGACAAUACUUGAACACUGACUUUGCUAUGACGCACUGGCAGAAUAAUGGAGCACCUCCACAAAAGCUAAACUUGGGGUUAGCGGCAUACGGGCGAGCUUUUAACCUCUCCUCUGCAUCCAGUGUUGUUGGAGCACCAGCCAAUGGUCCUGGUGAAGAAGGCUGCUACACCGGUGAAGAAGGAUUCUGGGCCUAUUAUGAGACUUGCCUUUAUCUUGAAGGGGUUAAAACCAAUGUGAUUACUGAUCAGAAAGUUCCAUAUGCCACCACAGAAAAUCAGUGGGUUGGAUUUGACGACAAAGACAGCCUUGAUAUUAAGGUCCGUUACAUAAAGACUAAUGAAUUUGGAGGAGCCUUUGUCUGGUCUCUGGACCUGGACGAUACUACUGGACAGUUCUGUAAAAUGGGUAACAGCCCCUUCAUCAGCCACCUGUAUAAUCUCCUGUUUCCUACGACAACCACAACAAUUCCCCCUACCACAACAACCACAACAAUGCCCACUACUACAACAACCACAACAAUGUCAACUACCAUAACAACUCCCCCUACAACCACCACAACAAUUCCCCCUGAUACAACCACAACGACUCCCCCUACCACAACCACAACAAUGUCAACAACCACAACAACCACAACUCCCCCUACAACUACCACAACGACUCCCCCUACCACAACCACAACAAUGUCAACUACCACAACAACUUCCCCUACCACGAUCACAACAACUUCCCCUACCACGACCACAACAACUUCUCCUACCACAACCACUUCCCCCACCACAGCCACAACAACUUCCCCUGCCACGACCACAAAAACUACCCCUACUGAGUCCACAAAAAUUCCCCAAACCGAUCCGCCAAAAGAAGACCUUACCACGACAACAAAAACUUCCCCUAAUGAAACCACAACAACUUCCCCUACCACGACCACAACAACUUCUCCUACCACAACCACAACCACUACCACAACAACUUCCCCCACCACGACCACAACAAUGCCCACUACUACAACAACUCCCCCUACACCAACCACAACAAUGUCAACUACCAUAACAACUCCCCCUACAACCACCACAACAAUUCCCCCUGACACAAGCACAACGACUCCCCCUACCACAACCACAACAAAGUCAACAACCACAACUCCCCCUACAACUACCACAAUGACUCCCCCUACCACAACCACAACAAUUCCCCCUACCACAACAACCACAACAAUGCCCACUACUACAACAACUCCCCCUACACCAACCACAACAAUGUCAACUACCAUAACAACUCCCCCUACAACAACCACAACAACUCUCCCUACUACAACUACAACAAUGUUGACUACAACAACUCCCCCUAUAACAACCACAACAACCACAACUCCCCCUACAACUACCACAACGACUCCCCCUAUCACAACCACAACAAUGUCAACAACCACAACAACCACAACGCCCCCUACAACUACCACAACGACUCCCCCUACCACAACCACAACAAUGUCAACUACCACAACAACUUCCCCUACCACGAUCACAACAACUUCCCCUACCACGACCACAACAACUUCUCCUACCACAACCACAACAACUUCUCCUACCACAACCACAAUAACGCCAACUACCACAACAACUUCCCCCACCACGACCACAACAAUGCCCACUACCACAACAACUCCUACCACGACCACAACAACUUCUCCUACCACAACCACAACAACUUCCCCUACCACAACAACAACCACCACAACAACUUCCCCUACCACGACCACAAAACCUUCCCCUACCACAACCACAACAACUUCUCCUACCACAACCACAAUAACGCCAACUACCACAACAACUUCCCCCACCACGACCACAACAAUGCCCACUACCACAACAACUCCUACCACGACCACAACAACUUCUCCUACCACAACCACAACAACUUCUCCUACCACAACCACAAUAACGCCAACUACCACAACAACUUCCCCCACCACGACCACAACAAUGCCCACUACCACAACAACUCCUACCACGACCACAACAACUUCUCCUACCACAACCACAACAACUUCCCCUACCACAACAACAACCACCACAACAACUUCCCCUACCACGACCACAACAACUUCUCCUACCACAACCACAAUAACGCCAACUACCACAACAACUUCCCCCACCACGACCACAACAAUGGCCACUACCACAACAACUCCUACCACGACCACAACAACUUCUCCUACCACAACCACAACAACUUCCCCUACCACAACAACAACCACCACAACAACUUCCCCUACCACGACCACAAAACCUUCCUCUACCGAGCCCACAAAAAAUCCUGACCCGCCAAAAACUACCCCUACUGAGCCCACAAAAAUUCCCCAAACCGAUCCGCCAAAAGUAGACCCUACGGAGCCCUCAAAAAAUUCCCCGACCACGACAACAAAAACUUCCCCUACUGAAACCACAACAACUUCCCCUACCACGACCAUAACAACUUCUCCUACCACAACCACAACAACGCCCACUACCACGACCACAACAACGCCAACUACCACAACAACUUCCCCCACCACGACCACAACAAUGCCCACUACCACAACAACUCCUACCACGACCACAACAACUUCCCCUACCACAACAACUCCUACCACGACCACAACAACUUCUCCUACCACAACCACAACAACUUCCCCUACCACAACAACAACCACCACAACAACUUCCCCUACCACGACCACAAAACCUUCCCCUACCGAGCCCACAAAAAUUACCCCUACCGAGCCCACAAAAAAUCCUGACCCGCCAAAAACUACCCCUACUGAGCCCACAAAAAUUCCCCAAACCGAUCCGCCAAAAGUAGACCCUACGGAGCCCACAAAAAAUUCCCCGACCACGACUACAAAAACUUCCCCUACUGAAACCACAACAACUUCCCCUACCACAACCACAACAACGCCAACUACCACAACAACUUCCCCCACCACGACCACAACAACGCCCACUACCACAACCACAACAACUUCCCCUACCACAACCACAACAACGCCAACUACCACAACAACUUCCCCCACCACGACCACAACAACGCCCACUACCACAACAACUUCCCCCACCACGACCACAACAACGCCCACUACCACAACCACAACAACUUCUCCUGCCACAACCACAACAACUUCCCCCACCACGACCACAACAACGCCCACUACCACAACAACUCCUACCACAACCACAACAACUUCCCCUACCACAACCACAACAACGCCAACUACCACAACAACUUCCCCCACCACGACCACAACAACGCCCACUACCACAACAACUUCCCCCACCACGACCACAACAACGCCCACUACCACAACCACAACAACUUCUCCUGCCACAACCACAACAACUUCCCCUACCACAACCACAACAACGCCCACUACCACAACUCCUACAACGACCACAGCAACUUCCCCUACCACAACAGCUUCAACAACGCCAACUACCACAACAGUUUCCGUUAACCAGAACUCUUGUGCAGGAAGGGUCGAUGGGCACUUCCGCCAUCCUACUGACCAAACACGAUUUCUACAAUGCGCCAAUGGACAGACUUUCAUUCUUAAAUGCCCGGCCACUACGGUCUUUAAGGAUAGCUGCAGGUGCUGUGCUUUCCCAUAGGUGAUAGUAUUUAUUCUCAUUAACAAAUGGCGGGGCAUUGUCAAAAGCUAUUAUAUGUACAAUGUCUUCUGAUUCUUCACUGUUGAGUUAUAUAAAUAAAAUAAAUGCUUAAUAAUAGUCAUGCUUGCCUUUUAGGCUUCACUAAUCUACACUUAAGCGGAAAAAUUAGAAAAAACUAUUUACACAUCAAUUGUCAGCAUUAACAUUCUCAGAUGGAUUUCCAUAAGCACCCUGUCUCCACUGAAAUGCCAAAACAAUGGCAAAAAAGUUAAAUCUUCUUUUCAGUUGGCAAACAACAAAGCUAUGCAUUAACGUGAUGACACCAAACCUUUCGGCAUUUAGUUACAUAUACUUUCAUCAAUUUGCAACUGUAUGUACAUGUUAAGAAUGGCAAUGUCCUGCCAUCCAUGUCUGUCAAUAUAAAAUAUUAUUUAUAUUAUUUUAUUUAUCAAUACAACUUACUGCGUAUUCACAAUUGUUGUCCUGUUGCUGUCUGUUAAUUGAAGGUAUAUUUAAACCAGUUGGGUGUGUAUGUUCUUGUUUUUUGCCAUCAUUUAUUCUGACAUGCAUAUCUUUCUUAUUUGUGUAUCUAACCCUGUAUGGGGUUUGUUCUUGUUGGUUUAGAUUUAGCUAUUGCGGGAUUUGUCCUACAUAAUGAUACAGAUGUUGCAUAUUGCAUAUAUUUAUAUACUCUACAUGUAAAUACAAAUACAUAUUACUAAAUUUAAGUUGAUGAUGAAUUAAUAAAAUACCACAAGUUUCCCUGACAAAUUUCGGCACAUUUUGUUUGGUUUUGUUCUAUAUUUGGUUGUUCUAUGUUGGUUGUUCUUUGUAUAUCAGGUGUUUGUGAGAUAAAAGACACAUUAUAUCUUAUAUAUGUGGAAACAAGCUGCCUAACUGGCACUCAUGGAAAAGCCAUUCAUAUGAAAUAAUUCAUUAGAAGACACGGGAGCAGCAGGGAGAAGACUUGCUUAUCAAACAUUUCUCGACAUCAGAGCCACUUACUGCAUUGUAAGAUGAAUAAA